AUGUCAACCAUUUCAUCUCGAUGUGCAGCUUGCAAAUAUUUGAGAAGAAGAUGCCCUCCAGAUUGCAUUUUCUCUCCUUAUUUCCCAUCCAAUGACCCCCAAAGAUUUGCUUGUGUUCACAGGAUCUAUGGUGCGAGCAAUGUUGGCAAAAUGAUCCAGCAAACUCCGACCCAAAUGAGAGCUCAAGUUGCGGAUUCGCUGUACUUCGAGUCACGAUGCCGGAUUCAAGACCCGGUGUACGGAUGUGUCGGGAUCAUCUCCCUGCUGCAUUUACAAAUACAUAAUGCCGAAAGCGAAUUGGCUAAAGUAAAAGCACAAAUCGCGUUUCUUAAUUCUGAUGCUAAUCGGGAACCGAGUUUCCGACCACAGCUCGAGGGUGCUUCCAAUGUUAACAAUUUAUGGAGUGCACAAAGCAGUGUUGAGCAGCAUCAGAUAGGCUCUUCUACAACUCAUGGUCCUUUAGCGUUCAUGUAG